AUGGUGACCUUCGUGGAGUCACUGGCCGGCCUCAUGAAGCCUCUGCGAGACAGCCAAGACGAAACUAUCCGAAAGACUGACGACUUUGUCAUCACAAUCGCUCAGUUUCGAAGUGAGAAUUGGAUCAUCGACAACCCGCUUCGAAUCGCUAUCGACAACCACACAACACUCAAGCGUCAGAAGGUCGACGCAAUCCUCAAGCGUCUCCCAAACGCCAUUGAGGAUGAGUUGACGGGUCACGGUACACAAUGCCAUGUCACUGUUUCCAAGCGUGGGCACCUGCUGAUGGACCGCGAAAUCGCGGCCGGUGAACUUGAAACCUCGCUUGGCAGGAACUUCUCUGAUAGUUUGCAACUCAAGUACCGUGUUUUGCGAGCGCGUUUGGAAAAGAGAAUUCGCCAAGAGCUCAACAUGGUACUCCUUGACACAAUCGGUAUUGGAGAGCCAAAGCCUUUCGACUCGUUCAUUGUCCAAGCCAAUCCUCAGCCGGUGAUGCUUGCACUCACCCCCAAUGCACGCAGCAUCCUUGAGACCAUGGAUGCCCAGAUGGAAACCGGGAUGCAGUAUAUGAACAAUGGCCGGUCUGAAGACGCAGAUGUUGAUGUGUACGAUCAUCUGGAGGAAGAGUUCUCAUACCUGAGCUCGGUCAUUGACGAGGGAACCUCCUCGACCCAUGUGGCCAACACUCAUGAGGUCGACAACACCCACGAGGUCGACAACACUCAUGAGGUCGACAACAACCACGAGGUCGACAACAACCACGAGGUCGACGACAACCACGAGGUCGACGACAACCACGAGGUCGACGACAACCACGAGGUCGACGGUGACAGCACGGCAGCUUCCUUCUUCACCACCAAUACUACUGGCACUGCUGUACACCUCCAUACUAGGGAUGCAAGUACUGCGCCAGCUGUCGACCUUGCCUGGAACGGUGGGGAUCACCAAAAUACUGCGCCUUCUUGUGAGAUGGAGAAACCACUCAUUACUCGCUACUGCACGGUCUUGGAGAUAGCUCAGCCCACUCCAAUCCGAUCAGCACACGUUGUUCUGAAGUUCAGAGACUCAGAACAUGCCAACUCUCCCCUUCACGAAGCCACACAAGCGGCUUCUCCAGCCGACUCUUGGAACGACGAGGGUUUCUUCCCUGCCCCUGAGACAGAACGCCAGACAAGCUCGGCUGCCACAUCGUCUUUCAACCGACCCGCUUGGCUUGCCGUCGCCAACUUUGUUUUGGGCAGGGACUCUGCUGAGCAAGAGCCUGAGCCUCGUCCCCUGCCUGAGCCACCUAUGCCAGCGCCUGUGGUCCCUGCUCGCAACAUCUUGGCCAUGAUGCCGGCACGUCAGCCGCAGCCAGCGGUUGCUCAAGAGCCUGGACCUCGUCUGUCCUGGGCUCAGCGCAUCGGACUCCGCCCAGCACCCGCGCCUCGAGGCCUUCUACCUGCACCGCAGAUCACACGAGGAGGCUAG